AUGUCCCAACAUGAUGAUGUACCCGAGUCCAAUCACGGUCCGCAGCAAAGCACGUCGGCGGAACAUCCAACCGGAGGAAAUGGCGGCUCGACUCCAGUACCGCAACUGCCACGGAGCCAGUCCUUGGAUAUAAACCGUGCUCGAGGUGGUGCAAUCCCCGGCCGACCGUCCCUUUCGCCCUCUCGAACCGUGUCAGAUGCUGGCCGAAGAUCAUCGCAACAUCAUGUCCGUUUUUCGACCGACUUGGAGCGUCCCGCCCCGGAGGAAGUACGAGGUUCAGACACCGACCGACGGCCCGCGUCUAGAGGGUUAACAAUCAACACAAAUCUCGCUCAGUUGCAGGUGCCUUCAUCCGGCAGGUCCCCAGGACAUAGCGCAACCUCACCUUUGUCGCCCAAUUCGACAUUGUCCCCUCCCUCCCCACAAAGUCCGGAAUCCGGUGGUCGUUCGAGAUCUCGUCAUCGUGGGUAUUCGCUGCGACGGACGAUCUUCGCAAAAAAUAUUGAGUCGGCUGUUACGUCUCCGGUUGCAAUCGAGCUGGGUCAAGCCCAGGCUGUUAGCCCACAGGAAGGCGCUUCUGCUGAUGUUUCCGAGCGGAAAUCGGAGGAGGUGCCGCGCCAGUCCACUGAAGAUGAGAAGCAAGACGUUCUAGUAACGCAAAAGUCCGCAUCCGAUCCAAACCUGGAUCUGUCGACGACGUAUUACUCAGAGUCUUCAGAUAACCCCAAAAACAGCAGGCACCUCUCCACAAGUGUCUCCUAUGAAAAAUGGCUCAAGCGGAGGGCUGUCGUUGCCACGCUGAUGCUUCGUCUGGAGGACAUGCUCGAGACGGCACGUAAAACCAUCCUUCGUAUCAAAGACAUCCCGCCCAGCAAAGACGGUCGGCACAUUGACCUUGACGCGACUCGCACCGAAGCCCUCGUCGAUGAGAGAACCGGAAACCCUUAUGUUGGAAACUCCAUCCGUUCCAGUCGUUACAGCUUUUGGAGUUUCUUUCCCCGCCAACUGUUCGCGCAGUUUACGAAGCUGGCCAACUUCUAUUUUCUUAUUGUUGCGAUCCUACAGAUGAUUCCUGGUCUGAGUACCACCGGUUCAUUCACCACACUCGUGCCGCUGUUGAUCUUCGUUGCUAUUUCAAUGGGCAAAGAAGGCUUCGAUGAUUGGCGUCGCUAUCGCUUAGACAAGGAGGAAAAUAACCGUUAUGCGUUUGUCCUUCGCCCUGGUGCAGGCAUUCCUCCUCAGAUGUGCGCUAGCGACAGCAUGUCCGUCUCAAGUGAGUCUCAGGACUGGGUCCCAGUGAAGUGGAGAGAUAUCAAAGUUGGAGACGUCAUCCGAUUGGAGCGUGAUCAGCCUGUACCGGCAGAUAUGGUCCUGCUUCAUGCUGACGGGCCCAACGGUAUCGCUUAUAUCGAAACCAUGGCUCUGGACGGCGAGACAAAUCUAAAGAACAAACAGCCUGCUCAACCUAUCGCAAAAGUCUGUGGGACAGUUGAGGGCAUUUGUAGCAGCGCUUUGCAUUUCGCAGUCGAGGACCCCAAUAUGGACCUUUACAAAUUUGACGGAAAUGUGACCAUCGCCGCGGAAGAGAAACUUCCAUUGACCAACAAUGAGAUCGUGUACCGCGGUAGUAUUCUGCGCAAUACCGAAUGUGUGUAUGGCAUGGUCAUCUAUACCGGCGAGGAGUGUAAGAUUCGGAUGAACGCAAACAAGAACCCUCGCAUCAAGUCGCCCUCUCUCCAGGCCAAGGUCAACCGGGUUGUUAUGCUAAUUGUGCUCCUUGUCGUUUGCUUGUCGGUAGGAUGCACUCUCGCUUACAAGUUUUGGUUCCAUCAGCAAGUCGAGCCCAAGGCAUGGUAUCUCACUCAGGCGAGUGUGGCCAUCGGGCCUAUCUUCACCUCCUUCCUGAUCAUGUUUAAUACGAUGAUUCCCAUCUCGCUAUACGUGAGUAUGGAAAUUGUCAAGGUCGCGCAGAUGCUUCUACUGAAUUCCGAUAUCGAUAUGUAUGACCCCGAGACUGACACUCCGAUCGAAGCUCGCACGUCCACCAUCAACGAGGAAUUGGGCCAAGUCAGCUAUGUGUUUUCGGAUAAGACCGGUACCUUGACCAACAACUCAAUGCGCUUCCGUAAGAUGAGUGUUGCUGGCACUGCAUGGUACCAUGACUUUGAUCUUGUCGAAGAGGCGGCCAAGGCCGGUGAUCAUACAAAGUUGAUCCACAAGAAACGCCGCGCAAAAGGAAAGAAGGCGCUCAGCCGCAAGUCGAACGUUUCGGAGGCGCGGAGAGAGCCUCCCCGAACCUCGAUGUCGAUGACGAACGGCCUGGACGGACGUGGCGCCUCUAUGCGCAACAACCGUACCACCGAUAUGAUCAAGUAUAUUCAGCGCAAGCCUUACACCGUCUUUGCCCGCAAGGCCAAGAUGUUCAUCUUGGCCAUGGCGUUGUGUCACACCUGUAUCCCGGAAGAUGACGAAUUUGGCAAUGUCUCGUUCCAGGCAGCAUCGCCCGAUGAGUUGGCCUUGGUUAUGGCCGCUCAGGAGCUUGGCUACCUCGUUCGCGACCGGCAGCCGAACACACUUACCAUCCGGACCUAUCCCAACGGAUCCGACGACAAGCCUUGUGAUGAGGUGUAUCAGAUUAUGGAUGUUAUCGAGUUUUCAAGCGCUCGCAAGCGAAUGUCGGUUGUGGUGCGGAUGCCUGACCAGCGCAUUUGCGUGUUCUGCAAGGGCGCUGAUAGCAUUCUGAUGCGAUUGCUGAAACGUGCCGAGCUUGCACAGGAGAAGGCCGUGGAGAUUGAGAGGCGCGCCAGCAAACGCAAGGCGGCCGAGGCUGCCCAGGUCGUGAGGCGCAACAGCGAGUAUCACAGUCGCAAGGAUAGCGGGCUUCGGACCAGCUUUGGCCGGCCUAGCAUGGCCCGUCGGCGAUCAAGUAUAACCGGCGAUCACGUAUCGGCUCUAAGAGAAAGCAUCGAUGUUUGGCUGCGCGACCGGGAGACUGAUGGUGGAAUUUUGACGCGAGGGGACGAUCCUGAGUAUUAUAGUCCUCGCCCCUCUGCCCAGUUGGGGCGCGCUUCGAGCACAUGGUCGGACUCCGGCAGCUCCAUUCACGAACAUGAGGAGGAAGAGCUUGUAGAGGAGGCUUUGGUUGUAAACGAAGCUGCCGUGUUCGAGCGCUGCUUCCAGCAUCUCAACGACUUUGCGACGGAGGGGUUGCGUACGCUCCUGUAUGGGCACCGCUUCCUUGACGAAGCUGCCUACAACAACUGGAAGGCUGCCUAUCACGAAGCCUCCACUAGCCUUGUCGACAGACAGGAGAAGAUCGAACAGGUUGGUGAACAGAUCGAGCAACAGCUCGAGUUGACUGGCGCAACGGCCAUCGAAGACAAGCUGCAGAAGGGCGUUCCCGAGGCGAUCGACAAGCUGCGACGUGCGAACAUCAAGAUGUGGAUGCUGACUGGCGACAAGCGAGAGACCGCCAUCAACAUCGGUCACUCCUGCCGUCUGGUGAAGGACUACUCGACUCUUGUCAUUCUGGAUCAUGAGACGGGAGAGGUCGAGCAGUCAAUUGUAAAAUUGACGGCCGACAUCACCAAGGGCGGCGUGGCUCAUUCUGUUGUUGUAGUUGAUGGGCAGACACUAUCCAUAAUCGAGUCAGACCAAAUCCUGGCGGCACAGUUUUUCAGGCUGGCCGUGCUAGUUGAUUCGGUUAUCUGCUGCCGUGCCAGUCCUAAGCAGAAAGCCUUCCUGGUCAAGUCGAUCCGUCAACAAGUCAAGGGUAGCGUGACGCUGGCGAUUGGUGAUGGUGCGAACGAUAUUGCCAUGAUCCAGGAAGCUCACGUUGGCAUCGGCAUUACUGGUAAGGAAGGAUUGCAGGCGGCCCGAAUCUCGGACUAUUCGAUUGCUCAGUUCAGGUUCCUGCUGAAGCUGCUUCUUGUCCACGGCCGGUGGAACUAUAUCCGGGCGUGCAAGUACACACUCGGGACAUUCUGGAAGGAAAUGCUGUUCUACCUGACGCAGGCUCUGUACCAGCGCUGGAACGGGUACACUGGCACCAGUAUUUAUGAGUCAUGGAGUUUGAGUAUGUUCAACACUCUCUUCACGUCUCUGGCCGUCAUCUUCCUCGGCAUCUUCACCAAAGACCUCUCUGCCUCCACCCUCCUAGCUGUUCCAGAGUUGUAUACCAAAGGGCAGCGCAACGGCGGGUUCAACAUUCGGCUGUAUCUAGGCUGGACGUUCAUGGCUGCAUGCGAGGCCAUGAUGAUUUAUUUCUGCAUGUUUGGGCUGUUUGAAAAUGUCAUGUUCACGCACACAGGCAGCGACAUCUUUUCAGCCGGUCUGCUCUCAUUCACGGCCUGUGUUAUCGUCAUCAACACCAAGCUACAGGCCCUCGAGGUGCACAACAAGACGUAUCUGUGCUUGGUUGUGUGGAUCAUUUCCGUUGGUGGUUGGUUCUGUUGGAACUUGAUCCUCGAUCGCCGGUACAAUCCCAGCUCUGGUGACGGGAUCUACCAUGUUCUGGGCAACUUUGUCUAUGCAUCGGGCCACGACCUCGCUUUUUGGGCAGCUCUGCUCGUCACCGUCAUCGCAGUUAUCGUGUUCGAAAUGACCGUGAGUUCCGUCCGGGCGCUCUUUUUCCCCACGGAUGUGGACGUUUUCCAGGAAUACGAGCAGGACUUGGACAUUCGAAGACGGUUUGAGGAAGCCGCAGCAUCUGAGCUGCAACAAGGCUGGGAUCACGGCAAGAAGAAAUCCAGCUUUGAGCUGGCUCGCGAGGAAGAGAUGGAAGUGCGCGAGCAACAGGUUCGGGAACUUCUUGCCCGGCCAAGAGUGAUGGUGAACGGCACCAAGACAGGCUCUGGUCCUGUUGAGAUGGAAGACGUUGAACUGGGCGGAUACGGAACCAGCACUCCUCCGGAGGGUGAAGAGGUGCCCAAGACCCCACGCCGGUCAGUCGAGGUUCAUGAGUUGUUUACGAAGGGAUUUGGGGCCAUCCGAAAGGGGCAUUUAAAGUGA